UGUUUAUCGAGCAGAAUGAAGAAGUAUGAGGUAUUUUCUUUUCUUUGUAUAUCGACAUUGUACGGAGCUAUUCGGGUGCUACAGAACAGAGGUGACUUUAUCAUUGAAAAUAAUGGGAAAAAUUAUUCGUCGUUGAAAUAAUAUUUUGAUUGAGCCAAGUCUCCCACCGCCAAAACCUGUGUGCGGACUUUAACGACAGACAUGAACAGGAGUGCAAAUGUGCAAUUACCAAAAUGACCGCCUAAAACUACAAACACUUUCACCAAGCUAGGGGCAAUUUAUGUGAGAUCCCAUUUUCGUAUACUACAAGAACAACUCCGAUUUCCCCGCGUUAACGGCGAGCCACGCGCCGCUUGCUAACCUGCGCCCGUGAGCGGACGAUUUUGCCCAACGCACCCCGAGGAGAUGACAGACGAGGAGAUCAUGAAGAUGCUGGAGGGUCCCACGGGCGACGCCACGCGUCACCAGCACGAGACUCUCCGGUCCAUCCUCGAACGCCAGGGCGCCGUACGCUAUCUUCGGCCCUACCUACAAGGCUUCAAUGCGCCGGUCGACGCAGCCACCUUCCGUCGCGCCGUGCCGUUGUCUUCCUACGAUGACUACGUUGACAAUAUCAACUCCAUGGCUAACGGUCUCGUUGACCAUGAUCAGCCUCUCCUCUCCGUUGAUCCUCUGCUCUGUUUCUUCUACAGCUCAGGGGCAACUACCAUGAAGCCCAAACUGAUCCCUUACUUUGAUUCAAAGCUCUCAAAAGCUGCCUCUUUCAUAGCUCAUAAGGGCAGCAACGCUAUUCUUCAAAGGUUAUUUCCUCCUAGGACCUCACUGAAUAAGAUCCUAUGGUUUCUGUACGCCGAUAAUAUUACGACUACCAAAGGUGGUUUUAAGGUUAUGGCUGCUUCUUCAUUUCCUUUGCAGAACAGUAGCUCGAAUUGGUCUCAGUUUCAAGCUUCUUCUAGUCCCCGGGAAGUCAUUCUUGGAUCAAAUGUGGAGCACCAGAUGUACUGCCACCUUCUUUGUGGCCUUAGGAACUCUGAUUUUAUUGAUGCUAUUCGAGUCCCGUAUGCAAUAGGCUUGAUCAAAGUGUUUGGUAUUUUAGAGUCCAAGUGGAAGCAGCUAUGCGAUGAUCUUGAAUGUGGGGUUCUGAGUUCAGAGAUUUCUGAUGUUGUAAUGAGAGAUUCUGUUGCUGAAGUUCUUGGCGGGCCUCAACCAGAACUGUCAACUAGAAUUCGGUCAAUUUGUGAGGAGAAGAAUUGGGGUGGAAUAGUGUGUAAAUUGUGGCCUAAUGUGCGGUACAUUAGGUGUGUUAUCACAGGGAGCAUGAAGCAGUAUUAUCCUAAGCUUAAGCAUUAUGCAGGGGAAGUACCUGUGUUGGGUGGAGACUACUUUGCUUCAGAGUGCUGUGUGGGUAUCAACUUGGAUAUCAUGCAGCCUCCAGAGACGACCCGAUUCGUUUUGCUUCCGACUGCAGCAUAUUUUGAGUUUCUUCCAUUUGGUUUGGAUCAUGAGACAAAUGUUGUUGGUGAAGAAACAGUGGACAUUUCUGGUGUAGAGGUAGGGAAGAUGUAUGAAGUGGUUGUGACUACUUAUAGAGGAUUUUAUCGAUACCGGUUAGGUGAUAUUGUGAGAGUCGUUGGUUUCUAUAAUUCAUCUCCACAAGUGGAGUUUGUGAUGAGAGCUCCUAAAAACACUUCCGAGAUAGUAACUGAGAAGGAUUUGAUGUCUGCAAUGGAAAGUUUCCAAAUUGUGUUAAGGAAUGCCAUGGAAGCAGAGAUUACAGAGUUUGCAAGUUUCUUGGACUUAACAUUGAGCCCAAAGGAGUUGAAGAUUUAUAUAGAAGUUAGAGAGGGAUGUAUGCUUCUGCAGGAGGGAAAGUUUGAAGAGUCGGCUGUAAUUCUAAAGAGGUGUGGUUCCUCCAUUGAAGAUAGCUUAGGAGGCAUUUACAUGGUGCAGAGGAAAAGAGGUGAAAUGGGGCCUUUGGCAGUGUCCAUUGUAAAGCCUGGCAGCUUUGAUGGAUUAUUACGGUUGGCCAUUGAGAAUGGAACUCCGGCGAGUCAAUAUAAGCCGCCCAAGAUUAUAAGGAAUCGCCAAAUUGUUGACUUCCUUGAAAGAUGUAUUCUUGUGACUCUAUCUUUGGAUGGUUAAGAAGAUGAUGUAAAAUGAGUGAGUGAGACGAUUUGAAUAAGCUGGUUGUAAAUUCAACAUCAGAGUUCAUCAGGAUUUUCCUGUCAUGGGGUCAACAUAAAGCAAUCUACUUGUAAUUUGGAAUAGUCUUGGUAGUGUUAGAUUAUUAAAUUUAUU